GAGAGAGAGGAUGGGGGGCUGGUUAGGCUUUAACUUGCAUGUAUAGUUUAAAUACACAAAUAUCACCUCAGUUAUGUCACGUAUAUUAAACCUAAUCAACUUUCAUUUGCGGAGAGAUUUCGCGGCGUGUGGAGGGGGAGCGCGCCUUCCUUUGAGAACCAUCUGCUGCACCUCAAGAAAACAGGCAGAGGAGAGUGAUGCGACCUCAGCUCUCAGAAAGAGGUGGAAGGACACCGCCGACACGGUCAUCAUCGGCGGGGGAUGCGUGGGGGUCAGCGUGGCCUAUCACCUGGCCAAAGGUGGCGUGAAGGAUGUGGUGCUGCUGGAGAAAUCUGACCUGACGGCUGGGUCCACCUGGCACGCUGCUGGUUUGACAACAUAUUACCACCCAGGCAUCAACAUCAAAAAAGUCCACUAUGACAGCCUUAAAUUAUACGAGAAGCUGGAGGCUGAAACUGGACAGGCGGUGGGCUUCCAUCAGCCCGGCAGCGUCCGCAUCGCCGGAACGGCGGCUCGAGUGGAUGAGAUGAAGUACCAGAUGACGCGCACACACUGGAAUUGUACCGAACAGUAUGUCAUCGGACCGGAGAAAGUCCUGGAACUUUUCCCUCUCCUCGAUAUAAACAAGGUGUUGGCAGGCCUGUACACCCCAGGAGACGGCCACAUUGACCCUUACUCCCUGACUAUGGCCCUGGCAGCCGGUGCUCGCAUGUACGGAGCCCAGAUCUACAACCCGGCCCCGGUCACCGGCCUCACCCCGACCGCUGACGGCAAGUGGGACGUCCAGACUCCUCACGGGACCAUCCGCGCCAAUCGCAUCGUCAACGCAACAGGUUUCUGGGCCCGGGAGGUGGGCAAGAUGAUUGGAUUCGAACACCCCACCAUCCCGGUGCACCACCAGUAUGUCGUGACGGCAACGGUUCCAGAGGUCAAGGCUCUGAAGAAGGAGCUGGCCGUCAUCCGGGACCUGGAGGCCUCCUACUACAUGCGCCAGGAAAGGGACGGCCUGCUGUUCGGCCCGUACGAAAAGAUGGAGAAGAUGGUGCUGCAGGACUCCUGGGUCAGAGACGGCGUGCCCGCAGGUUUCGGGAAGGAGCUGUUUGAGUCGGACCUGGACCGGAUAAUGGAGCAUGUCGAGAUGGCCAUGGAGAUGGUCCCCGUGCUGAAGGAGGCUGACAUCAUCAACACGGUGUCUGGACCGAUCACGUACACCCCUGACCUGCUGCCCAUGGUCGGGCCGCACCAAGGAGUUCGCAACUACUGGACGGCCAUUGGCUUCGGGUAUGGAGUCAUCCACGCCGGCGGGAUCGGCAAGUUCCUGAGCGACUGGAUCAGGAAUGGGGAGCCCCCCUACGACCUGAUCGAAUGCGACCCCAACCGCUACGGCAGAUGGUCGGACGUGUCUUUCCUGUGCGCCAAAGCUCGGGAAUCGUACGGCUUCAACAAUGUGGUCGGUUACCCGAAGGAGGAGCGAUUCGCCGGUCGACCGACCAAACGGAAAAGUGGCGUUUACGGGCUGCUGAAGGACAAAGCUUCCAUGGGCUUUCACUCCGGAUGGGAACAACCGCACUGGUUCUACAAACCUGGGGAUGACGUUGAAUACAAGCCCAGUUUCCGACGCACGAACUGGUUCGGACCGGUUGGCAGGGAGUGCAAGCUGGUGAUGGAGAAGGUGGGAGUGAUCGACCUGACGCCCUUCGGAAAGUUCCUGGUGAAGGGGAAGGACUCGCACAAGCUGCUGGACCGCCUGUUCGCCAACACCCUGCCCAAGGUGGGCCUCACGAACAUCAGCCACAUGUUGACACCCACGGGGAAAGUCUUUGCCGAGGUCACCAUCACCCAGCUGUCACCGGGGGAGUUCCUGCUCAUCACGGGCGCGGGGUCAGAGGGACAUGACCUCAGGUGGAUAGAGGCAGAAGCUGAAGACGGAGGGUAUGACGUGGACAUCAAGAAUGUGACGGAGGAUAUGGGCGUGCUGGGCAUCGCGGGGCCAAACUCGCGGAAAGUUCUUCAGAAGCUGACGGAGGAGGAUCUGAGUGACGCCGGGUUCAAGUUUCUACACUGCAAGGUCAUCCAGUUGGCCGGCGUUCCCGUCCGGGCCAUCAGGAUCUCCUACACAGGUGAGCUCGGGUGGGAGAUGUACAUCGAGCAGAAAAACAUGGCGACUGUGUACGAGGCCAUGAUGAAAGCAGGAAAAGACGAGGGCAUCGACAAUUUCGGCACCUACGCCAUGUCCUCCCUCAGACUGGAAAAGGGCUUCAGAGGCUGGGGAGCCGAGAUGAACUGUGACACAAAUCCACUGGAGGCUGGAUUGGAUUAUUUCAUCAAAAUGAACAAGCCUGCUGACUUUAUUGGCAAAGCGGCCAUUCAGGAGAUCAAAGCCAAGGGCCUGAAGAGGAAGCUGUCCUACAUCUCGCUGGACACGGAUGACAUCGACCCCGAAGGCAACGAGACCAUCUGGCUCAACGGCAAGGUGGUCGGCAACACAACGUCCGGCGCCUACAGCUACAGCAGCCAGCAGAGCCUGGCGUUCGCCUACCUGCCCGUGGAGCUGUGCUCGGUGGGCCAGAAGCUGGAGGUGGAGCUGAUGGGGAGGAAAUACCGCGCCAUGGUCAUCCAGGAGCCCCUGGCCCUCACCGAGCCCACGCGGACCCGGCUGCAGAAGAAGGCAAAGGGAAAAGCAUAAGCCGUCCUCGAUCAGUUCCUCCCCAGCUAAUGAAGAACGAGUUUAUUGCGACGUAUUAACGAGAGUCUUAUAUAUCCGUGGCCGACUGUUUGUGGACAGUUCAGGGGUGGAAAGAAACUCUGUCUUCCUGUUUUGUCUCUUCCCGGGGGCGAUGUUGAAAACCCAUUGCGAGUGUGCUUCACGAAUACAGGGAAAUAAAAAUGUUUAAUUUUCCUGCAUCAAAAUGUCUAAAAGUAGUGAGUAAUUUCCUUUUUUUAAAUUUUUUUAUUUUUAUGAAUGGAAAUGUUUUAUAGUUCAAACGUUUUGUGAAGGAUGCUUGAUUCUUGAGAUUUCAACUGGAGGGGUUGAAUAAAAAGAACAUGUUUGAAGAAUCGCAUUUAGCACUAAAUGUGACAAAGUGUAUAAACACUAAUAACCACGAGAAACAGAAGGCUCGUCCACUUGUACAAACAUUGUUUUAUAAAUCUGUUAUUUUUUACGAAUAUGUAAUUCAAUUGGUUUAUAUUAAUACCUUGAUAAUUAAAUCAAAAGCACCUCACUGUCUUAUAUAAGGUGUGUUGUGUCUUAACUCCUUUCCCUCUUUUUGUGUGUAAGUCUUCAUUCAGACUUAAAACAUGAAUAAUUUAUGUUAUACAAUAAAAUCAUUUUUACUUUAAAA